UGUUUUACAGCCGUGAAUUUAAAUUAAAUUAUAUUUAUAUUAUCAGAUUAUUGAGAGUUUAACAUUUUUGGUUGAUUGACGGGUGGGAGGGGAGUGUGUGUGUGUGUGUGUUAUAAAAGCUUGGAGCAGCAGCAUCAGCUCACACUCAGACGUGGACUCUGUGCGUCACAGCUGGAAAUCUCGCUCCUGUUUUUAUUCUUCAUCACCUGUUUUUUUUGUUGUUGUUUUUUCUCGGUGGCUUCUUUUCUUCUUCUUUCAUCCCGCCGCUGAUUUUCCCGGGAAUGUUGCGGGAGUAGCGCUGUAACGGACACUCUCUGCGGUGCCUGGUGACGGUUUUACGCACGGGCUCCGCGCGCCUCCACCGCCACGAUGCUCUUCCCUGCGGUGAACUCCUCCAACAUCACGGCUGGAGACUGCAGCGUACGCGGCUUCAACCUGACGCAACCGCCGGACAGCGACGCCGCUGUUGCCGCAAACCUGAGCGGGAAGAGGAACUCCAGUUCGGACCCGUUUGGACGCAACGAGGAGGUGGCAAAGAUCGAGAUCACGGUGCUGAGCCUCGCGUUCGUGGCCGCGGUGGUGGGGAACCUCAGCGUCCUCGUGGCCAUGUUGCGCACGCGGCGCAAACCCUCGCGCAUGCACCUGUUCAUGAAGCACCUGAGUCUCGCGGACCUGGUGGUCGCGUUCUUCCAGGUGCUGCCGCAGCUCUGCUGGGAAGUCACUUUCCGCUUCUACGGCCCGGACUUCCUGUGCCGCAUCGUGAAGCACCUGCAGGUUCUGGGCAUGUUCGCGUCCACGUACAUGAUGGUGAUGAUGACCGUGGACCGCUACAUCGCCAUCUGUCACCCGCUGCAGACGCUGCAGAAGCCCACGCAGCGCGCGUACUUCAUGAUCGGCAGCACGUGGCUGGUGAGUCUGGUUCUGAGCAGUCCGCAGUACUUCAUCUUCUCCCUGACCGAGGUCCACCCUGGCUCCGCGGUCUACGACUGCUGGGGCCGCUUCAUAGAACCGUGGGGCACGCGUGCCUACAUCACCUGGAUCACGGCGGGGAUCUUCCUCGUGCCCGUUCUCGUGCUCGUGCUCUGCUACGGCUUCAUCUGCCGCGCGAUCUGGACGAACCUCAAGUACAAGACGCGCAGGAAGAGCGUGGGCGCGGUGGUGGAGGCCACGAAGACCCGGAUCCUGGGCCGGGAGUCGGUCAGCAGCGUCAGCACCAUCUCACGCGCCAAACUGCGCACGGUGAAGAUGACCUUCGUGAUCGUGGUGGCGUACGUGGUUUGCUGGGCGCCUUUCUUUGCCGUGCAGAUGUGGUCCGUGUGGGACGAGACUUCCUCGUGGGUCGACUCUGAGAACACCAUCGUGACUCUGUCGGCGCUGCUCGCCAGCCUCAACAGCUGCUGUAAUCCCUGGAUCUACAUGAUCUUCAGCGGUCACCUCCUCUCAGACUUCGCCCGCACCCUCCCGUGCUGCCGCCGCCUCAGGACCGGGUUCAGACACCAGGACUCGGACAGCAGCAUCCGCCGCACCACGCUGCUGACCCGCCAGCAGGGCUCUCGCCUCUCGGAGCCCUUCAAGGACUUAAAUCCCGUCCCCAGGACCUGCCCUCAGGUUCCAGCCAUGUCCUGACCUCCGCACGACCUCGUGUGACCUCGUCGCAGGUCCGAUCCUGAGUGGAAACUUUUACUCCUGCUUUGUUUUGGCUUUUUUUGUUAAACGUAAAAAAACGGAUCCUGCCACUUGAACCUGAGCUUUUAUCGCACUGUUCUCUUUGUGGACGUGUCAAACAUGAAAUGUGGAAACUGCUGGGCUUCCACAUGCGUCUCCGUGGUGAUGUUUCCUGCCAGGUUACCAGAGGAACCAGACAAACCCGGCAGAGCGAGGAGGAACAGAAACUUACGUUCUUAUUUAAAUGCACAUGUCACUGUUUGUAUCUGCCGUGAGACCUCAUGCACGUCACACUUAAAAAAAAACGGCACUAUCCCUUUAACGUCCAAAGUAGGUUUACAAGCUUUUUUUCAUAUUUAAAUGUUAAGAUUCUCAAUUUCUUUCUGUCAAUUGUGUUGACAAUGUUGACAAAUGACGUCAACAUUAUAUUUAAAAUAUUUGUUUUCCCCAGGGUUUUUUUUUGUUUUACAAA